AAAGAGUUUGUAGUGUUUAUAAAUACUAUUUUUUUCAAUUCCCAAUUCUUUUUGGGGUUUUCCGUUUUAACACAUGCUAUAUAUCUAAACCCGGCCUGGAGUUAAGCGGUACUGAAGAAUUAUUUGGCACUUUUCGUCCAUGACGCAUUAACCGGUGAGGUGCUGGUCCAGUGUGCUAAAUAUGGCUGAUCGGGUUUUUAUCUGUCCGGCGUGAGCAUCGUGUGAUCUGCCCUGCGGUGGAUUGUUCAACAUCCAAGAUGUCCCAGUCGUCCACCGCUGAUGAGGGUACAACCUUUGAACACUUGUGGAGCACCCUUGAGCCAGACAGCACAUAUUUUGAGCUUCCUCAGGCAGGACACUCAGGGGACAGGGUGGCUUCCAGCAGCCUGCCCAGCAACCGCGCUGAAGUCUGCAUGGACGUCUACCACAUGAGAGACAUGAGAGACAUGAACGACAAUGUCAUGUCUCAGUACAGCCUACUGAGCAGCAGUAUGGAACAAGGUUUGGGGAACAGAGCAGCGUCUACCAGUCCCUACAGCUCAGAGACCACCUCCAACGUGCCAACGCCGUCACCCUACUCCCAGCCAAACUCGACCUUCGAGGCCAUGUCUCCAGCCCCAGCCAUCCCCUCCAACACUGACUACCCCGGGCCGCACAACUUCGAGGUCACCUUCCAGCAGUCGAGCACCGCCAAGUCAGCCACCUGGACGUACUCUCCGUUGCUCAAGAAGCUAUACUGUCAGAUCGCCAAGACCUGUCCGAUUCAGAUCAAACUGGCUGCCUCGCCCCCAAAUGGCAGCGUGAUACGAGCAAUGCCCAUCUACAAGAAAGCCGAACACGUCACAGAGGUGGUCAAACGCUGUCCUAACCAUGAACUUGGAAGGGACUUCAAUGAAAGUCAGACAGCCCCUGCCAGUCAUUUGAUACGAGUGGAGGGCAAUAAUCUGUGUCAGUAUGUGGAUGAUCCUGUGACCGGCCGACAGAGUGUUCUCGUUCCAUACGAGGCUCCACAGGUGGGGACCGAGUUUACAACCAUUCUGUAUAAUUUCAUGUGCAACAGUAGUUGUGUUGGUGGAAUGAACCGCAGGCCCAUCCUCAUCAUCAUCACGCUGGAGACACGAGAUGGACAGGUUCUUGGGAGGCGUUCGUUUGAGGGCCGGAUUUGUGCCUGUCCCGGUCGAGACCGCAAAGCAGACGAGGAUCAUUUCAGAGAGCAGCAGGCUCUAAAUGAGAGCGUGGCCAAAAAUGGAAAUGCCAAUAAACGAAAUUUCAAACAGACUCCAUCCAAUAUUACAGGCCCUUCCAUCAACAUCAAGAAGAGGCGACACGGAGAAGAGGAGAUGUAUUACAUACCAGUUCGUGGCCGGGAAAACUUUGACAUCCUGAUGAAGAUAAAGGACAGUCUGGAACUGGUGGAGUUUGUACCACAACAGUUAGUGGAUUCAUACAGACAACAACAACAGCAGCUCCUACAGAGACAGAGUCAUGUUGCCUCUCCGUCUCCAUAUGGCACACUCAAUAACAUGAAUAAGAUCCACGGGCCCAUCAACAAGCUUCCCUCAGUGAAUCAGCUCGUGACACAACAGACUCAGCAGAACGCAGGACCCUCUGCGUCCAUGUCACAUAUGGGUACGAACAUGCUGGGUGGACACCACAUGCAGUCUAACGGCGAUGUGAAUGGAGCACAUGCGUCUCAGUCUAUAGUGUCCACCUCUCACUGUACCCCUCCCCCACCUUACAACCCCGACCCCAGCCUCGUCAGUUUCUUAACCAGCCUGGGCUGCCAAAACUGUAUCGACUACUUCACGUCACAGGGACUCCAGAGUGUCUACCACCUUCAGACUCUUUCUAUGGAGGACCUUGGUGCGCUGAAGAUCCCUGAGCAGUUCCGGCUGGCGAUCUGGAGGGGCCUGCAGGACAUGAAACAGGGCCACGAUUACGGCCAGCAGCUCAUUCGCUCCAGCAGCAACAUGGCCACCAUGGCCAUCGGCCCCGGAGGAGAGCUGCAGCGGCAGCGCGUCAUGGAGGCCGUGCACUUCAGAGUGCGCCACACCAUCACCAUCCCCAACCGCGGCGCGCCCACGGGAGCGGAGGAGUGGGCUGACUUUGGCUUUGACAUGCCCGACUGCAGGAUACACAAGCACUCCAUUAAAGAGGAGUUCGCAGAAGGUGACGUUCACUGAGAAGGACGGUGCAUCCAUCGCUUUCCGUGCAUCGUCCGUAACGUUUUUUUUAAACUGGAAUGGACAGUUGGUAUUUUCCAUAUAGUAGCACUUCCAUAUUUGACAACAAGUGAUUUGAGGAGUUAAAAUGUUUGUGCAAACAAUUCCCCUUGAUUAAGAGCAGGGUUCAAAUGAAUCAUUUUAUCUGAUUGUCAUUUGUGGCCUUAUGCUAAUAUUACAUCACACAAAAAAAUGAUCCAUUAGCUAAAAUAAAUGAUAUUAUUAGGACGUAGUUAUGAACGGUUAAAAGCAGUGUAUGAUUUCAAAACAUUGCCUUAUUUAUUUCGGCUUGGUGUAAAUAAUAACUGUGCAAUUGUGUAUGAUAUUGAAUUAUGUGUGAAGUAAUGCCCAUAGAUUAUACCUAUAAUUUGUUCAUGUUUCAUCAAAGUUUUACAAUGACUUUGAAGACAACACCAUAAAAGUGAAAAACAAGACACAUUUUUUAAGUGGUGCUUUACCAUGCAACUUGUUUUUUUUUUUUUUUGUAAAUUUUAUGAAUGAUCUGUUAAGUAUUAUGUUGUUGACAGGGAGACACUGGAUCAUUAUAAAGGUUGUCAGACUUUUAAAGCUUUGUUAUCAGCCUUGCAGGACAAGGUUUUAUUUAUCAUGCUGUGCUAUAAUGUCUGUUUUUCCUCACAUGUAAUCACUGUCUUGUUAGUUUAUUGUUUUAAUUGCCUCUAAUUUUAUGAUGUUUUUAUCAAAUAGUAAAAUUAUGGCUCAAACAAGGUAUUAGGGUGAAUCUUGCAAAAAGCAUCCAGGCGAUAUUUCAUCCCAAAAUUGCAUGAUUAUUGCAUUGUACCAUUAUUUUCAUGACAAUCUAGAAUGUCUUUAAUCAAAAUAUUGUUUUGUUUAUUUUUUUAUUUUGGAUCUGAAAAAAGACUUGGAUAUAAUUUUGUGAGAUUCACCUCUGCAACACAAAAGAACAAAAUGGUGUAUGUACUAUAUAUAAGCUUCAUUUAAUAUCACUUUUUAUAGUGCUACUGAGAAGAUGACAAAGUUUGAAGUUACUUUUGUUCAGCAGACCCACACAAUUAUUAUGAUGUGAACUCAUCAGAACCUACUGCUAGUGUCUUAAAAAUAAUAAAACAUAAUAAUAAUAAGAGAGGAAAGCAGAAAAGUGUUUCACACAGAGCCGUCAUCCAGGAACAUUGUCUUUUGUGGAAUAUAAGGAAUGUAUUUAUAUUUCUUACACCCAUAAAGUUUGUGUAUAAAACUGAACUAUCGGCCAUUUUGAACAUUAAUGAUUUGGUGUAUUGUAUGUAGUCAGAGGUACAUUUGUCACCAUUAUUUAACAAGCAAACUGAUUUGUAAAUAUCUAGUGUUACCCAUAUUAUUCCUUGUUGUUCAUGUGAUACGAACAGCACAUUUUAAAGUUGGUCCCGCUGUUUUUAAAUUGGCCGUGAUGGUGAAAUACCAUCAAAUAGAUCAAAGCACUUUAUGGCUUUAGGAAAUUGUAAACAAUGUUAUAUUCACAGUUAAUAUCAGUCAGUAUUAUGUCAUGCUGUGUCAUUUUGACAACUACAGAUUUUAGAAAUGGUUUUAAGAGUUAUUAUCUUGUGUUUUCAUUAAAGAGCUGUAACACUGUUUCUUUUUUAUAUCGCCAUGUUUGAAUGAUGUAA